GGGAGUUUAAAAAAAAAAAAAAAAAAAAAGGAAAAAAGUGUACAUUUGAAAUAGAUGUCAAUUCUUGGAGCACACCACAGGCUAAGAACCAAGCUUUAGAAAGCUUUUUUUUUUUAGACUGUCUGAUACUAUUGAAUAUUAAUGGAUAUUUUCUACCUAAAUAGAAAUGUAGCUCUUUCACUUUGUCCUAUUGCAAAAAUAGCCAUAAGCUUUGAAACUGGUUAGAUACUGGGUCAUUUGGGGCUAAUGUGGUGUAAGGGAUGAGGAACUGAGUUAAAAUAUUCCUAAUUCUUGCUUGCUUUGAUUCUAAAAACAAUUUCUUGCAUGGAUGAAUGCAUAAGUGCACUAGUGAAGUAUUUCAAAUAAAAGCUGAAGGAAAAAAAGACAACUUUACUACUGCCUGACAUUAGGUAUGAGGUUCUGGCCAAAAAAAAAAAAGAGCGAUAAAAGAGCUAAGCACCUUUUUACUCCAUCGACUAAUUCAGGUUUUGUUGGUGUAAACAACAAAUUUUAGAUUUGGGGAUUGUUGCCUGAAGACAUUGCAUUUAGCUCUUUACAGCUAUGUUUAGCUCUAAAUUGAAAGUUAAGUUGGAGAGAGGUAGCUCCACUGGUGCAGGUGAGCAGCUGCAUGGAAUUCUCCCAGAGAUGAAGGCAAUUUGACAAAACCACAAAAAAGUAACCAGGUCACUGAGCAGUUGCAAUAUUAUCUGCGUAAGUAGGCAGCUAGCUCAUGCAGUUGAAACUCUGCCUGGGCUCUCGUGCAUCUUUUGUAACACUUGGCUCAGCUUGACAGUCUGAUCUGUCCUGCUUUUAUUCACUUGGACUGUUGCUGUACAGGUCAGACUUAGCUGUGCUUUGCUUGUACCAUUUCAUAUUCCCCUCAUGACUGCUUUGCUGUCAAUCACAUACAAGCAACUUCUGCACUAGCAUGACUGUGCCUCUCCUGCGUUCAACUCAUCGCUUCUGGUCAUCUCUCCCUUCUUGAGCUGACGUUGUUAUUCUUUUAAUCAGGGCUGCUGUGCUUUGCUCUUUAUGUAUGAAAGGUGAAGUUCCCCCAAAUACCUUAUUUUCUUCCUUUAUAGACCUCCACAAAGCUCUCCUUUGCAGGGAUGCAUGGAUAUAAAGCCUGGCUAGCAUCACUGAGCGCUUCCGACUGCGUUGGGGAGUGCUUCCUGCGUCUGUCCUUAGCUGUCCUUACUUGUCCAUAUGCAGCUCGACUGGGAAUUUUCCAGCAGAAAAAGCUUUGCUCUACUUCUGCCGUGAUUAGUGACUGGGAGUUAAUACCAACUAACGACUGCCUUAGUACCUGCUUUUAAAACUUACUGAAGACUGAUAGGAAUUCAAGACAUGAGGGUAGUUUUCUAGAGGAGGAGCAAUUCCCCGUGAGUUUGGUAAUCUUUCUCAGAAGGUAGUUGUCCUUGCUAAUAAAGAAAGCAACAUGUAGAUGCCUUCUGAAGGCUUGUGGUGACUAAUUGAAACAGGGAUGUUGGACAUAAUUUUUCUCACCUAGUGUGUCAAAUCUGCUUUGGAAAUGACUAACCCUGAUUCUGCUUUCUCAGACUGCUGGAAUUUAAGGUGAGUUGGGGAAAGGUCGAGGCUACAUUGUAGUAGUGUUUGGUAUUGCAAGGGCCCUGCCUUUGAUCUUUAAACAAGGUGGGAAUAAACAAGGUGGGAACAAUCCAAUUCCUAAGUCCCCUCAUCAAGAUCUUGGAAGUCCAUCUUGUCUGUAAAUAUCAAUACUGAUUUUUCUGGCAUUUUCAGGUAACUUUAGGAUUUGGUGGGUAGCUAAGGGAUGCUACCAAACAUGAGUAUUGUUGAGAAAAAUACUAUGCAAAGUUAAGUAAGAAAAUGACUAAAUGAGGUUUACUUUCAUCACUUUGAAAGAGCUGCAGAGCUUCAGUGAAAGAAAUUCACAGAAUGAACAUUCUGCCUCUUAGGAGGUAAAACACCACUUUUAGGAGUUUAAUCUAGAAAGGAAAACCAGAAAUACUUGGAAUUGUUAUAUUCCUUGCAAGAAUACUAAUUUCUGAUUGAGAAAUCUGAUCUUUUUUUUUUUUUAAAGUCUGGUGAGAGAAGCUAUGGUGAAACACCUCUCUGGACUGAAGUUGUAUUUCAGCUACAUUUUCAGUUUUCUUCAUGAACAUGUAGUUUGGUAAAUACCCUGCUCUUAGAAGUUAGUUGGAAACUUUGAAGCAAGUGCAUGCAUAUUGAAGAGUCUGAUUGCGUUAAUGAAAAAAAUAUUUCCCAUUUUUUUUAUAACGAACCGUAGAAACAAUCCCCAUCAAAUUCAUUCUGUAUAUAGGUAAAUAAAUUUUGUCUUGGCAAGUUGCUCACAUUCAAAAAGGUGGACGUCUGCUUAAAGUCUUGGACAAAUAAUGUACAAUAUUUGAUUCUUUUUAAGAGGAACUGGAGAAUGCUCUCAGAUUUUUUUGAUCUCUUAUUCAAUGGUCAUCUUCAAUUCAUAAACACAUCUAAGUUUAAUAGUGCAAUAAAGAUUUUGGCCUCAGUAUGUAAAGCAGAUGUGUUUUUCCAGUGUGUGUUAAACGAGUAAUAUUUCAGUUUUGGGAGCAGGGAAUGUGAACACAAUAGUGAAACCAAAAUGAAAUACCUUUCCCAGUGCUCUGAAAUCUGCAUUUAAUUUGUCAAGAUACAGUUGUGGGAAAUACUCCACUAAUGCAAACAAUCUGCAUGGUGAUUAGAAGUGUAGUGUUUUACCACAACUUCUCAGUCUCUACUUUUAGUCAUGGGCACCUUUUUCACCAUACUGGGUUACAAAUUCUAGGAUGGGGAAAUAUGUUAUAUAUCUGCUCACUCCUACUCAUCCUUACCUUUAAAACAUUCAGGUACUGUUGCUUAAGAGAUUAGAGUUACUGUAUUUAACUUUACUCUCAACUUGUUAGGGGAUGGAAAAAAGGCAUAUAACCAAGUGUGUGAAAAAUUGCAACAGCUAUUUUGUAUGUAGUUAAAAUAUUUCAAGUGCUGCUUCUGGAAGUGGAAUGGGAAGAAGAAAUGGCACAUUGACACCAGGAGGGACUCUGCUGAGUUUGAGUGCUGUUCUGCCACCUGAGAAGGAAGGAAAUCACUCAAACAGCUACUGCUUUUCCUCAUUAUUUUUAUAUAAUGUUAUUUAUUUUUUUUUUGGUGUUGCUUAAUGAAAUGUAUGUCAAUUUGCUGAUGAGAAGAUCAAAUAGGUAGAAGGAAGUUUGUGAAAUUCAACAUAUCUAGUCAAUGUGGCCAGUUCUAGUAUGGUUCUAGCCUCUCUACUUUGAACUGCAUUAAACAAAAUUAAUCAAAAGGAGAAAAAUGUACAAACUGGACAUUAUUGUUGACGUAAAGAUGUAUGUCUGAACCUUCAGUUCUGAAAUCUUAAAAACAAACUGUUCUGCGUAUAUUAGAGUAUCAUCGUACUUAGUGCUCCAGACCCUGGACAUCAGAGCAAAACUAAAAAUGUGAGAACUAUGAGAGCACGUGUCAUAUAAUGAAAGGCAGGCGUUUGUUUUAGUCCUUCUCCAGGAGAGAUGGGGGAAUGGGUGCAUGUGGUAGUUGUCAGUGCAGUAUUUGAAUGACUAGUGGGGGGAAAAGUUUGGAAGCAUGGAAUGUGGGAUUACAUUUUUCUUUGGUUUGUUAGUAUGGAUGAGCUAGAGCAAAGCUGAAACCUUUGACCUUUCACCAAAAAACUUUCACCUUUUCCCCUCCUUGAAUGCCAGGGGAUUCCACAACUGAAAACUUGAAGUUGUUAGGAGUACUUAGCAUAUAAUGUUUUCAGAUAAAGCUCGGUUUUUAGAUUAAAAAAAAAAAAAAAUUAAGUUUCACUUCAAGGCUUCACUUAAGACAAAGAGGUGCAGCAUGGUUCAUAAUCCUGAGUGGUAUUUACCAGGGUGAAGACCUAACUGAAAUUCUUCUUUAGAAAAACUUGCAUCAAAAGUAAUGGGGGAAAAAAAAAUGAAAAACCUGCUUAGACUACUUCUGUUUAUCACUGUUUUUAGAACAGAGUCUGUUUAAGCCAGUGUAGGCUGCACCCUAUCUCUUCCUCCUGGUACUGACUGUGACUGGAACUUUUCUGACGCCCUGUUCUUACUGGCUUCAUUCUGGACACACUCGGCCACGGUCACUGCGCUCCUCACGCCAGGCCGCCCUACCCUGUGCUGCUCAUCUCCUGUGUGACAAUGGACAAUGAGGUUGGAUCAAGCCUGUCAGUAAGUAACGGGUUCUUCUGAGCCAGCUGUGCGUACGCAUGGGUAAUUACUCAAAUUUACUAUCCUCACACAUCUUGCUUCCAAUAAACCUGCUCGUGCUGGUUCCAUGUUCACUUGGGGUCUUCGAACCUUGAGAAAGAGGCUCAUGUACUCUCCCUGCUAUUCUGCAUCCCACAUCCUGGUACUGCUGAUUUAAUGACAAGCUUGGAAGGGACAGACUCAUCUCAUAGGGGCUUAGUCUAUAGGAAAUGCUGUAUGAAUGUUUUUUUUGAGACAGUUCCAAAGAAAAGGUUAGUUGUUUGGAGGCAGUCAGUGUGGCUUGAGCUGAGUAAAUACAGUUGUCCCUCGAAAACUAUAGUCAGAUUUCAAGUUGAAAUUUAGGAACUCUUUCGUUAGUAUUUCUGGCCACUGGACCUCUGUUAUCCAUCUGUUAAACAGGUGUCAUACCAUGCUCCUUCUCAAAAGGAGGCAGUGGUUAGUAACUGGAAUUAGUUGUUGUUUUUUUGUGUUUUUUUUUAGCAAUUCUUCUAGCUUUUUAAAAAUAAGAAUUGUCUUCCAUUUGCCUUUGUAUUUUCAGGUCAACGUAAAAUUUAAGAUUAAUUUCUGACACUUAAGUCUGCAUUGAAUGGUAUGUGUAUCUAUUUGGAGAGGGCUUCUUGUAGUUGUGAAAUGUUUUUGAUGCUGAGGUUGAGUUUGUGCUGGCCAGAGAGCACCUUCCUUGAACACAGAAGCUCGCGCGUGCCAGCUCUUGCCGUGUACCACACUAGGUCAGUCUAUCUGAAUGGGAGGAGGUGUGCUUUAGUGUCGUUUUCCAGAAAUGUGUACUUCCAGUUCUUUGGUUUCACGUUCCAGCAUUCAUAUUGAUUUUAGACACUAACUUUCUGGUGCUGGGCUGUUAUGCUCUGAUGUGGAGUCAGUGGAGUGUUGGUCACAGCCAGCCCUUGUAAAAGCUUUGGGAUCAAUUCAGUAGUCCAGUGAAGCCUUCUGUACAAAGACUGGAAACAUCUGAUCUGAUGUCUUUCAGCAGGAAGUUAUUUCGGGGGAGCAUGAGUAUGUUUGAUCAUGAAAUGCCCACCACAAUUUGUAAUGCGUGAAGAACGCAAAUUAGUUGCAGGAAGAUCUAUCUAGAUGCAUUGAGACAGGGAAGGAUUAAACUCUAAGCUCUGGAGAGGCUCAGUGGCCUGCUGUAUAUACUCGUGCGGUACUGCAUGCAUGGCUCUUGCAGGUGGGGACACUGAGGCCACGUGAAAAGCAUCACGGCUCGUGUAGUAGAGUGAUGGCUGUGGUCACACAGGGUCAGCACUGAAGGGUCAGGCAGGACACCACACUCCUCGCCUGAUGGCUUCUUCCUGAAAACCCCUUCGUCUACAUGAGGAAGUGCCUAGAGUUCAAGACCCAAACUUGCUCCUUGGUUACUAUUCAGUGAGUGUAAAUUGUUGUGAGAAGCUGUAGCAUGGGUAGAGGUAGCAGGUAGCAUGCUUAUGGGGUGCUGUCUCUUGGUAACCCUAAGGGUGGAUGUGGUUGCGAUACAGCACAGUCCCGUCCUGGUUUUGAGCUUCUGCUUGGCUCCUGUUGGGCUGUCUAGCUGGGCUGUUUGUACUUUGAAUUUUCCAUUUCAGAGGUCUUUCAGUAACACCAGGUCACUCUUGGGUCUAUAGCCAUCACAGCUGCAGCAGCACAGUCUUUCGGGAUUUAAUACUGUGCUGAGUGUCCCCAGCUCAUACAAGAGUAAAAUCAAGGCCUGGGUCUCUCGCUGGCAAAGACUUUAAGGACUAGGCUGGAGAAGAAAAUUGUUUGGAAGUUGGUGUCCUUUAGGACAGAGCUGUGACAGACAAAUGCCAUAAAGGGAAGAGUGGAAGUAGUGUAGUUUGAGGAGGGUGCAGGAAUGAGUGAGCUUCCUCCUGGAGAGGAGCACACUCGAAUUUACUUUUAAAAUAAAGGGUGUGUGGCAGUACCAUGUUUGAUCCUCUGUAGGGGAGGGCAUCUGGAAGGAGUCAACUCUGCAUGCUGCUGUACUUGCAGCUUUGCUAAGAGCAAGGAUUAGGGGAUAAUUGUUUCCAUUAGAAAUAGUGGGAGAAGCCAGCCAUGCUGAUCACCCACGGGGGGCAGGGGCCAGGUGCCUCUUUCCCAGAAAGCUACCCCUGCAACAUCACAUGAGCCAAGCAGUAGGUAAUUGCAGCGUUUAUAAUGCCAUUAACCUUUAAUCACAUAGUCCAUUAGUGGACUAAGAGCAUUUUAAAAAAAUAAAUAACAAACCACCAGGCCUUGGCGUGGUGUCUCGUGCAAUUAGAUUUUAGCAGGACUUCAGACUGCAUGCUGAUGGCAGAAACCUCAUGUGUGGUCAGGGAACCCCUGGGUAAGAGAUACCACAGCAGAAAUUUGUUUCUAGAGAGCGUCUCACUCUCGAUGGCUGCCCUCUGUGUCACAGGAGGACUUUCUUAAUGCCGAAUGAAAUGUAGCUUUAAAGGUCAGAUUAUCCAUCAGUCCUGUGGGAGCCACUGAGGAAAUAUUGUCAGCUCUAGUGUUUGCCUUUUUGCAUGGGUGUGAAGCUGGCGUGGGUUCUGUAAAUAAUGAAGUUAUAUUUAGCUGUGAAGUGCAUUAUGUCAGAGCAGUUUCAGUGGUAACAAAACAUUUAAUGAAAAAGCAUUAAGCAAGAGAACUUUUAAAAAAUAAACGUCUUCCUACACUUAGCACAUUAGGGUGCUUAAUCACCCCCUUUGUAUGAUUUUUGGUGUAAUAUGUAUGGUAUCAAAUAACUGGUAAGCUACUUGGCAUUUGUAUAGCAUCAAACAGCAGACUCCUUAGUCAGCCAGUGCAUUGAAAUAAUUAUAUAUAAGAAAUACUUGUGGAAAUUAACCCCUCCAUCUUAUAGAAAUAACCAUGGCAAUCUGUGUGGAGAUAGCAGCUAUUACUGCCCACAUACGGAUUGGUUUUGUUUCCCUAUCUAAUGCUAAGGUAAACAGAGUAACUGGCACAGAAUAUGAAGUGUUUUCUCUACUGUUUAAUGCUUUUCAGUGGAUUCUGCUAACACAGUAGCAUUGGCUAGUUAUUCCUGCUAAACUAUAAAAUUGCUCAGGAGGGAACUGUUUCGGAAUUGCUUGAGAGCAAGCCAGAAGUGUAAUGCCUGCAUACAUAAAAUACAUUUUAAAAAGAAAAAGUUAAACCUUGGUGGGAAUUGCUGGUGAUCUGCCUCUCAAGCUGAAGUUUACAGUUUCCCUUUAUCAAAUAAUUUUAAAGUGAGCAACUCCUUCAGAUGAGGAGGGGGGAAAAAAAGGCCUAAUAAAUACCUGUGUGGUUUUAUAUCUAGUUAAUAUAUAGCAAUUGUGCUGGCAAACAAUGCAGCUGCCUGUGCUAACUGAUAGCAACUGUAAAGGUAUGGAGUGAGCUGUCAGCUGCUGUAGGACACCAGCCCUGCCCAGCCCUUCUGCAGGACAUAUGGGUAGUUUAUCCAGAGGCAUUUGCUGUCUUGGUCUUGUUACUUGCGUUGCUUUGGUACAAAAGCAACUAACACAAAUACCACAUGGGAGCUUUUUCCUUUUCUUUCCUGUAUGAGACCGGCUAUUUUUAGUCUGCAAGGAAUCACAUCUACAGGAGGAGGAGGUACCAGAUUCUGGGGCUUCUUCUCGAGGGUCCAUGGUAGGUAGCUUCCAGGAUCUACUUUAAGCUCCUUGGCCAUACUUUCUCUACAGGUUUUCUAGAAGAAUUUUUUGGUAUUCAAGGUCCAGGUAUCCAUCCUAAACAUGCCUAUGCUUUGCUUAUACCUGUUUGUACAUCAGGUCUCCUUAUAUAGCAACAUGGAGUUAAUCUGAAAUGUGAUUGAAACCUGUAAACACUGUCAGUCUGACUGUAAAGCACUGAAGUCUGGCUGUAAAUCUGUGUGUUCACCAAGACAGUUACUUGAUUGUUUCUAGCAUGGAUUAUCUUCUGUGUUAACCUUAAAAUAUUGUGUCACUGUAUCUCUGCAUGUCCAGUAGACACCUGGAGGUUGAAUUAGUCCACAGAGAUUCAUUUACAGAUGUCUGAAGCUUGUGCAUGGUGCUCGCCCAGAAUAAUCCUCUUGUUUUCAGCUGCAUGCUUGGCAAUUAGGACACAAUCUGUACUACUUAAGGUAUAAAUAAGCAUUUAGCAUUACUUGUGGAUUACAUUAGGACAACAGACGCUAUUUUGAAGGAGCAGUUAAUGAGUGGCCGGUUUCAUAGAACAAACACUUGCAGCUGUGCACAUGGAAAAUAAUUGAAUUAAAGGGGAAAAAAGUGUCAAAAUGUGAUAGUAGCUUUCAACUACUUAAUAUUAAGUUUGUCUUUACUAGUUGUAAGAAUUAUGUAUACUGAAGAUAACUACCCUUGUAUCUUCAGAUCAAACACACACAGCCAUGCAGGCAAUUAUUACUAUUAAAUUUACCAACUUAAAAUUAAAGGAAAAAAAAGGGCAAGGGGUAAAAAACUUGGAAUCUGAAUUCCGGCAGUGCUUUAGGUAGUAAUGUACAACCUGGGUGAAGAGAGGAAACCUGAUCUUCUACAGAUUUGAUGUGAUCUGAGGUAAGCCAUUAACCGAACUUGAAUUCUCUUCCUGCGUUUGAUUCUAGAAGCACAUGCACAGAGAUCUGUUGAUGUGAGACCUAACUGUCGUGUGCCUUGCUUUCUGCUCCAUGAAGUGGAAAUAAUAGGGCUUCCUCUACAGGGACGGUCAGGAAUGUACCAAAAUGAAUGUGAGACAUGAAGGGUGUUAUUUAACUGUUGCUUGGUCAAGUAGCUGUGCCUUGUGCCUUGUACCCUGCCUCCGCGUCCUGUCCUCGUUGUGCUGAGCUGGUAUGCUGGCUCGCUUCCUUGCUGUAGUGAGUGUCUGUCUCCAGGACAAGAGAUAACAAGCAAAAUGGUUGACGAGGAAGCAAAGAGCUUACCUAUGGAGCUGAGUGAGAAGGGAGGUGUGGAGAACAAUGGAUUUGUUCAAAAUGAGGCUUUUGAUGACAAGGAGACUGAUACCAGUAGCCAAGAAGAAAUGCCAAAAACAUGCAUUAUUGGCGUGAACCCAGAAGCUACUGAGGAGCCAGCUUUGGAGCCCUAUGCAGGGAUGCCGAAGGAAGUCUUGCUGAAGUUCUCCAGCCAAGCCCGGUACAGAGUCACCAGGGAGAUUCUCUUUUGGCUCAUAAUCGCUGCUGCUGUCAUGCUUGUGUGUGCUACGAUUGCCAUUAUUGCUCUGUCCCCAAAGUGCCUUGACUGGUGGCAAGCUAGUCCUAUUUACCAGAUCUACCCUCGUUCUUUCAAGGACAGUGACAUGGAUGGGAAUGGUGAUCUGAAAGGUAUCCAAGAAAAGCUGGACCAUAUAGUAAAUUUGAACAUAAAAACAGUCUGGAUCACUUCUUUCUACAAGUCCCCCUUAAAAGACCUUGGCUAUGGAGCUGAAGACUUCUAUGAUAUUGAUCCCAUGUUUGGAUCAAUGAGUGAUUUCGAGAAUCUGCUUGCAGCCAUACAUGAUCGAGGGUUAAAAGUGAUAAUGGACUUAAUACCAAACCACACAAGUGACAAGCACCGAUGGUUUCAGCUUAGUCGCAACCGGACUGGGAAGUACACAGACUACUACAUCUGGCAGGACUGCGUGCAGGCGGGGGCAGUGAUCGCUGUGCCCAACAACUGGGUGAGCGUCUAUGGGAAUUCCAGCUGGCAGUUUGACGAUGUGAGAAAACAGUGUUAUUUUCAUCAGUUUGGGAAAGAACAGCCAGAUUUAAAUUUCCGCAACCUUGCUGUUCAACAAGAAAUCCAUGAUAUUAUCAAAUUUUGGCUUGGCAAAGGAGUUGAUGGAUUUAGUUUUGUCGCUGUUAAAUUUCUUCUAGAAGCCACGCACCUACGAAAUGAACCGCAAGUGAACAAGUCUCAGAAUUCUGAGAGCAUCACAGCCUAUUCCGAGCUCUACCAUGACUACACAACCACCCAAGUUGGCAUGCACGACAUCAUCCGUAGCUUCCGCCAAACCAUGGAUCAAUACAGCAGUGAACCCGGCCGAUACAGAUUUAUGGGUUCUGAUGGUGAUGAAAAGGAAGACAUAGGAGCAACAAUGAUGUAUUAUGGAACAACUUUUGUCCAAGAAGCAGACUUCCCAUUCAAUUUCUACCUAAUUAACAUGAAAAAUCUAUCAGGAAACAGUAUUUUUGAAGCCGUCAACUUGUGGAUGAAAAACAUGCCUAAAGGGAAAUGGCCAAACUGGGCGGUCGGAAGCCCUAACGCUGCUCGGAUUUCAUCUCGCUUUGGGAAGAAAUAUGUCAGUGUUAUAAACAUGCUGCUUUUAACCCUCCCUGGUACUCCUAUAACUUAUUAUGGUGAAGAAAUAGGUAUGGAGAACAUUGCUUCAGGAAAUGUGACCUUCCCAGAGAAAUCCCCCAUGCAGUGGGAUGGCCAAGUUAACGCUGGUUUUACUGAAGGCACCAGUAGCUGGUUACCCGUUAACCCUGACUACCAAAGUGUGAAUGUUGAAGUACAGAUGACCUGGUCCAACUCAACCCUGAGCUUAUACAGAGAGCUAACGUUACUUCGCAACAAUGAGCUGCCCAUUCAUCGGGGGUGGAUGUGCUACAUCUGGAAUGACAGUAAUGUUUUCGUCUAUGUGAGGGAAUUGGAUGGGUUAGAUAGAGUCUUUAUGAUGGUUCUCAAUUUUGGACAGGAAUCGACAAUAGACCUGAAAGCUAUAGUUCCUAGUCUUCCCUCGGUAGCUACUAUAAGACUAAGUACCAAUUUUAGCAAUACUGGUAAAGCUGUCAAUACCAACACAAUUAAAACUGAAGCGGGAGAAGGCCUAGUCCUUGAAUAUAAAACAGGAAAACCUGUUCAUACUAUGGAGGCUUUUCAAGACAACUGUUUUGUGGCAGAAAAAGCUUGUUAUUCCAGUGCCUUUAAUUUACUCUAUGUGAACUGUUAAGUGCAAGAGUAGAAUAACCAAGUUUUCAUGUUAGUUUAGAAAAUGCUGAUUUCAAAGAAUGGGAAAAAAAUCUGUCUCUUUUUUUGGCUUUUCAAACUUGCUUUGUGUACAAAAUAAACAGCCUGAAAAAUGAAAUUAAUACCUAAUUGUCUUGUAUCUGUAUUGGUAAUGAAACACUGGUAUGGUAUAAACAACGAUAGCUAUUUAGACACCCCCA